CUUUCGAGUGAACGGUAACCCCAAAUCUUUAGCGCUCCGGUGUUUUGGUACGGCUCGUCUCGAUUCAGGGGGGACGGCUUCCGUUGGAUGUUCGUUGGUUGAAAUGUGUGAAGAUGACUAUCGACGCUAGUUAAUCAAGUGAAGAACCUUGGUCUUAUUGGUGGAAACCCUACCAGUGCGGCUCGGUAGAUGUUGAUCGCAUUCUGGUUCUGUGCGCUGGGGCAGAGGAGCACGGUAGUGGCUUAUGUAACGUGACUCCCCCGACUUUGAUCGACGAUCGAUGGCAGCGUGAUUGCGAAGGAGAUAUAUGUUUCAAGUCCGAGGGAUGCGAGACCCCUAAAGGUGUAAUGAAAUCAGUGUGCCGUUUCAAGUUGGACUUGCGAUUGUCGGACGUCCAUUUCAGUGCGUAGAUCAAAUACGAGAUGUGCUAACAAUAACAAAACUUUGAAGAAGGGUCAGCAAGAGACCGGUAGGAAAACGAGUUUCUUGGCGAUGGGAUGUGUGAUGCUAACUGCUUGUUGUCCGUUGCUUUAGGCUUUCGGAUCUUUGUCUCAAGAAGUGAGCUGACCGGUUCGCUGCUACGGAAAGGGCAUCGUGGAUAAGCCCACACUGACUGGCAACGUGCGAACUGCUCUCGCCCUAAAAUGGGGGGAAGUAGCUUCACAGAGUGCAGCUCAUCCUCCGCAUGCCGGAUUUGUUUAUGCAAAUGAGUAUCGACAUGUUCAUAAAUUAUGAACGCAUCGCUGGAGAUGGAUGUUGAGUGACUCUGCAGUAGUCUUGUUCUGAUCUUGGCUAGAAGUGCAUUCGGAAACUGAAAGUUGUGAAACAAGUGUUGCAAAUACAGCUUCUGGGUAAACAUAGAAACAUAACGUCAAAGUGUGGCACAACUGAAUCUAAAAUCAAGUGAAUCUUCAGCAGAAACGAAACAAAAUAGUGCAGUGUUAGUUGACUUCCAAUUUUGUGAUUGAUAUGAAUUGCGUUUUCUGAACGGUGUAUUAUUUUGACGGUGAAUAACUUUUAGAGAAGAAGUACAAGAAAAACGGUAGAUCACCGAAACGAGCUGCCCGCCUGCGCAAUUGUUGAAGUUGAAGAUCGACGCAAACGAUCGAUUGUGUGUUAAUUGCCCGAUUAGCACCACGGAAACCGUCCACCAUCAAUUGCACCGCCAACGAUUGCCAAGAAGCUCAAACAACAAAAGAAUCUCAACCUUCACCAAGACUGCAUCGUUGCCUGAUAACACCGGACUGCACCGCGUAUGCAAUUUUGAAUCACGCCGGCGACGACGAAGACGACAAAGGAGACCUGGCCCGCGUCUGCCCCCCCGUGUGUGUGUUUUUGUUUGGUCUUUGGUUAGCCUUCCGAAAAGCUUCUCCGCUUCUGCCUCGAUCGGGACGAAGUUGGAAGGUUGGAAAAAGUUGCAAAACCGGAGCUGCUGAAAAAUUUCUUGAACCGGAGAAAACAACAAACACCACAUAAGUCAGCAGCAGCACAACCAUCGAAUCGCGCAUUCACGUUGCACUCGUGUGGAGAUCAUUGGCGGCAGGUGUGUGGAAUCGCAGAGCGAAAAUAAAUAUAUUCGCACAUACCUUUAGCAGCGCAGCGAGAAGGAAGCGUGAAGCGAGAAAAAGCGCCAGGACCGGUUGACUCCCAAAGUGACUCGGUUUAGGCUCUCACACCACUCCAUCAAGAAGCGUCCAGCCAGCGGUGGUAGUAGUGGUCGAUCCCAACUGGUUCUAGAUCGCAGCACUGGUCUUGCCUCCAUCCGCGGCCAGACCUCCCAGAGGAGCCCGAUCGUCGCUCCCCGCCCGGGAGCAACGUAUGCGAUUCCAGUGCGCGAUGGACCGAGUGUGCGCACGGGUUCUACAUGGCCAACGAAUCGCACACCGCAUUUGCCAGUGACGGCGACGAACGGAACGGGUGAUCGUCACACGAAUCGCCGAUCUAAUCCGGAAAAAGUGGCAACUUCGCACGCCGAUAAGUGAAGCAUUUCUCCCCAAAACUAGUUUGCACUUAAGGAAAACAGUAGUGCAAUGUCAAUUGAUCUGAAUUGCUUCGCCCCUAAAUGCGAAAUAACUGCAGCGCGGUGUGUAGGAAACGCUUAUUGCCUUUGAUUGCUAUUUUUUGUGUGUGGUUCGUUUCCAGUGAAUUAAACCAGAGUUGAUCAGUGCUGCCGGUGGUUGAAGAGGAGAAGAAAGUGCACCACCGAAAAAUCAAUUUAUGAUGGGAGAAACAAUCAAAAAGGUAAAUCGUCAUUAGAUGAGAAUACACGUCGGUAAAGUGGAUGCUUAAGUGUGUCUUAGUUUGUGCUUUGGAGUUCACUGAAGGUGGGUUUUGGGAGUUUAGAUAGCCCAGUUCACAACAAUUCAUGGAAUACGAAGGAUAGAUGCUUAUUGUGAGCUCACCAGUUGUUGAAGAUUUGAACACCGGAUUAUACUAAAGUGAAUCAGAAAUACAGAUAGCGAGGACAAUUUUGUUACACGUCACAAUAUGGAUUAUUUCCGACGAUAUUUGAAUCAUCACUGACGGAACUUUUUAUACAACGAAUAGUUAAACAGAAGUGCACCAUACAGAAAGAUUGCCCGGGGAGGAUCGACUCACAACAGUAGUUUAAAGAAGCCGCCCAUCAAAGGGGAACGCCAACCCUAAUCAACGACGCACUGCCUCCAGGGAACAUCCGAUCUGGGCUGUGCGGUUGCUUUCGCGCUUGCACUUGCACAUUCUGCAAUCAGCCUCGCACGCAAUCAGAAAAGUAAAACCAAGUUGUAAUAACAGUGUUCGCACGGGAGACCGCCAGGAAUAGGCCUCCCGGAGUGGCAGGUUAUUGUGCAGCUGGGGUCUCUAAAAGUCAAGAAGAACGACACAACAAGAAGAAAGUUAUUAUGUUCCCAUCCCCAUUUCGCUCUCUAUACCACUGAACAAAGACCGGGUUGGGUACUCUUUUGCUAUUAUACGCCCCUUGUCUAGUGAUCGCGAAAGUAAACCCGUUCAAGUGAAACCCCCUUAGUGCAAGUAAUUGACCCAUAAAGGAGAAAAAGUGGGCUCAACACGUGCUGGCCCCAGCAUCGGCCCACCGCCAACGAAGCCAGCGACGACGCAUAAUUUCCCAUUUCUUUACAUAAACAGUGGUAGGAAGUGCCAACGAUAAUAAAGCAGUUUCUAUGAGCGUUCCAACGGGAAGAGAACGGGUGAACCUUCCAGCUGCCGAGUACGAGGAACUAGACCUGCUGUCAGCGUCGUUGACCGACGACGACGAGACGAACCAGCGGCACCACCACCACAAUGAGCACCAACUCGCCCGGAACGCCGAAGAAAUGUCGGCUGAUACUGCAGCAGUGCCUGGCGAUUCAGCUGACCAAGCCGGGCAACCCGCCGGAGGAUUUCUGGAUGUACGAUAGCGGCUAUACGAUAUUUCAGAACUUCCUCUCGGCGAACCUGCAGUGCUGGUGGAAUGCUCCGCUGGCGGCCGCCACCAAAGUGCUCAAAUAUCUCGGCCACAUCUCGCCCGGAAUGCUGCUGAUAACGGCCGAACCGUGCGCCCUCGAGAUCAUCCGUAGUGCCUACGCGAGGAGUGUCCUCAAACCGCCGGCCACCUAUCUGAUCAGUUCGCUGGGUGACAUUGACGAUUGCAUCGUGACACCGAUAGUGCAGACGCAGUUCACGCCGCUCACCGAGGCGCUCUGCGACGUCAUAAUGGAGCUUACGACGCAGGGCCAAUCGGCCACCAUCGAGAACAUCCGAUCCCGGCUACGGACGAGAUUCACGCACAUGCAGCAGCCUUCAGUGGAGGUGAUUUACGAUACGCUUGUGCAGCUGAUGCAAGAGAUCAAAAUCUAUCAAACGUCCAAGGGGUAUUUUAUCGUCACACCAGAGAAACGACGAAGUAAAUCGAAACAGAAUGAUUAUAGUUUCGCAAGCGACGAAUCGACCCCACCCCAGAAGGAGUCCAAGACCAUGCUGAUGAGCAGCCAUGAGGCCCUGCGCAGUCUGUAUGGCGAGAUUUCCACCGAGCGGGACGGUGACCAGACGCAUCAGUGCAUCCAAACCAAUCUGGCCGACGUGAUCUGUGGUGGUAAUCCGAACGAUAAGAUCCUGUACCCGCGAACCAACGGCAGUGGUAGUAAGAACCGUAGCUCUUCCCUCGCCGGAAGCCAUAAAACCCUGGAGCGGCGUCACAGUCUGCGAAUAUUUGGCUCUUCGAAGCGACUUCAGCGAUCCGCUUCCACGAGAAGUCUAUCCAAGAACUACGCACAGACGAUCGCCAAGGACAGUGCACCGGGGUCGUCGGCAACCAUGGCGGCAACUGGUGCGGCCAAUAGUUCGAGUUCGGAAAAUCAGUCCAAUUGUGAUACAAAAAAACAAGCGUCUUCCCAGUCUCUGUUGUCGAGAAUCUUCAGGCGAAGUACUCGAUCGAAGAGCAAAUCCAAACAGGUUGAGACCUACUCGGCGCAGUUCCCGCCACCGGAGUGGUUUAACUCGAAAACGACGCAUCUGCACAGCGUUGGGACGCAGACUACUGACUACGUGGAUAUUCCCAUAAAAUCCCGUCUAAUGAACUCGACCUUUUACGAUAGCUCUGAUGUGAGCCAACGAUCACUGUCCCUGCCCAGACGACGCCAUCACCGGAGGAAUCUGUCUAGUGAGUCAACUUUUUUCAUAUCGUCCCGUGACUGCUCGCCGGUUCGCCGGGGCAAGUCACCCUCCUACUACUGCGGCAGUUUACCGCGAUCGAUCCACUCGACGCCAGCCAGUUCGGGCUACUACAAGGUAUCUCGCAGCAAACAGCUUUCAUCGGCGGACAAGCUGCACAGCAACAGCCAGAACAAGAUCGAACACAAAACUAGUCGAGUCGGUAGUGGUCCGUCCAGUAUCGACAGUGGUAAAAUGACCUACAUAACCUCGGGUCCGUCCAGCUAUGAUAGUGAGAAGCUGUCAUCCACCCGUACCAGUACCCACUCGAGCUUGGAAUCUCAUGUUUCAGCCGCAACGGUUACCACUACCAUACAACAAACGACCACUGCUAGCUAUUUCAUAUCCAACGAUACGAAACCAUCGUAUACUACCCCGAACGAAUCAAAAGAUCAACCGCCCUCGGCAGUUACCACCACUACGGCCAGCGCUUCAAAAUCGAACAAUAGCAAUCACUACAGAGGGUUCGAAACGACCUUCGGGUAUAACAACCAAGCCAUCAACACCAGCACCAACCACCAUAGCAAUAGCACCAGCACGAACAAUAGCAAUUUAGUUAAGAAUUCACUGAACGCACUAUGCAAUGAGGCCAUUACGAAUAACGGCAUUUUAAAACUGGACACUGACGCCCCAAACGGACCCAACGAACAACUAACAACUCUCAACGAAACGCUUUUGGGCUUUAAACUCCACACGGAAAGUCCAGCUGACCUACACGAAAUGAAUCGAUACAACAAAAACAUCAACAAACAGGAAAACAUGCCCAUGAACAAUAGCAAAACGUUGCCAUCGACGCCUCCAGUACAACCGGCUAAUUUUUUCUACAAAAAUGUUCUCAAAAACAUCCAGCACGACGCUAAAAACAUUUGCGGAGACUUGGCCACAGACAAGGACCUAACAGGUUCUCUCCUAGCCGGAAACGAUCUCCAGUCGAAUCUCCGACGGUCGAACUCCGAAAUCAAGAAGCUCAACUCCAACCUCGACCUCAAAAAUCAAACUUCUACCCCGGAGAAGAUCAGCGGGCUGAUCAUGAUGAAGAAGAGCCUUUCCGUAUCCAGCGAGCCUAACCUGACCAAUCAGACGCAAGAAACCACAACCACCAACAAGGUCACCAUCCUGGUCAAGGACUCCGACAAAACGAACAACGCCGACCGGAGGUUCUCCUUCCAGAGCAAGGACGACCCGAUGAUCGAGGAAAUGUACGACUUCCCGAGUUUGACCGAUUUGAGCUUUAAUUUCACUUCGCUGGCGGCGCAGAAGAUCCUGCAGGGCGAUGCCAGUCUCAACAGCAUCGAUACGCUAGUCGAGCUGAACAUCAACCAGGAGAAGCAGCAAACGAUCAUGAAGCUGAAGCACGACGCUUGCAUGAUGGCUCAGGAGGCCGCGCAGGACGCCGUGAAGAUCGUGACCGACUUCGGAAUGGUGUAGUGGGGGGAGGACGCACCGGAACGAACAAUUCGGACGAAUAUUGUAUAUUUAAACCCAAGUAUAAGUGCCAAUACCUUAAUGGAAAAUGAACGUAUAUCUAUGUAACUGUAGCUAAAUCAGCUAAGUAUAAUAUGGUAUUAUUGUAGUUAAAUGCUGUUAGUUAUUUGUAUUAUAUAAUCCGAUCGCAACGAAACAACAAAAUACUUACAAACAGGAAAUUUUGAACGAUUUUAAUGCAAAGUUUUAAGGAGAAAAGUGAUGUAUACUAAACUGUGGUAAUAUCUACAUAACGCAAGUACUGAACACACCCAAUACGAUACACAUGGCACCCAUUUAUGUAAACAAAACACAUAUGACCGUACUAUCAGACUUUACCGUUCUGUACAGGAAGAAAAAACAUGUUUUAUGCGCAAUAAAGAUCAAAUUAAACCUUAGCAAA